AUGUUUAACAUUUUAAAUUUUUCCAAAAAAACAGCGACCUGGCCCAUAGUGCAUUGUAUCGAAAACAUUUAUUAUUCAUUUAUUAGUUCGGAUCCUGUAAUAACUAAACGACUUCUAUGUUGACUAAUGCCUCGGUAUAUUUAUAUAUAGCGCAUAAUCUGCAGAAUAGUUAGUCAGAGCAAGCGAGCAAAAGCGAAUAUAGCUUUAAAUAUAUGCAAAAAAUAAUAACUAAGCCCAUUGGGAAUAUAACUUUUGAGCGAGUAGUAGCAGUCAAAAAGUACAAUUAAAAUGUUUCGGUAUAUUGUUUUUUCCGUUCUGCUGCUUCAAAUGCUGGUGCAAACGAAACUGGUUGAAUCAACUACGCUUAGCACUCGUCUAGAGUACAAGACAAUAGAUUUCGUGCCGCAGGAAUAUGUAGCCCAGUUAAAACCGUUCGAAUUAAUUGGUCGUAAGUUUUAUUUCAUUGCAAACAAGAAACUCAACUGGUUUCAAGCGGCACAGGAAUGUCGCCAAAAAGGCGGUAAUCUAAUUAACCUGAAAAUGGAAGAGGAAAGGCUACUUAUAGGGCUUCGACUGAAUGUAAGUCAAAGCUAUUGGCUGGACAUUAAUCGACUGGGUCAAGAGGAAUAUGUUUCGAUUGCGACGGGUCUACAGACUGGCUAUGAGAAAUGGAUCGACGAGGAUGUGCAGCAUGUGAAGGACCCCCAUAAAAUGGAUGAAGAAUUAAAUUGUGUGGUCUUAGUAAGCGAUUACGAAGAUGGUUUUGUGAUGAAGCAGGCGCACUGCCUGGAGAAGGCAAACUUUAUUUGCCAACUAUCCUCACCCCGCACUAUUUCCAUUGUGGUGUGGUAAUAUGAUAUGCUCAAAAUAUGCGUACAAACAAAAAUCAGGCAUUUGCUGGAUUACCGAAUUAAGAAAAUAAACUUAUACAUAUUUUGUUUAAUUAAAUUAAAAUAUAAUCAUUCCCGAACCAACUCAAUUUUUGACCCAGUCAAGCCCUUAGACUCAAUUCGUAUAUCUGGUUAAAAGAUUAAAAAGCACUUGUUUCUUAGAUAUUAAAAUGCUCUUGAUAAUGGAUAUUUGAUUAAAUAAUACAAAUAAAUCUAUUUAAAGUGACA